UACACGACUUCCGCCCGAAGAUGCGCUUUGUUUACACGGAUGCUAGUUACCUUAAAGCAGCACUCAUAAUGGCCAUGCUAACCCAGCGGUUGGUCACCCCGCUGCGUUGAAGACCACAGGGUGCCAUCGUGGAGCCAUAGUGGCGGGCUUUCUCCUGUUAUUGAGUAUUGUUGUUGGCCGACCCACACAGUCAUGUCGAGCGGCGUCGCUCUCCACACCCAAAUAGGGUCCAUCAUCACCGCCUUGUGCAACGCCGCCGCGGCUCAGAUCGCCAAAGUGGUGGAGGACGGCAUGGUAGUGCUUCGCCUGGAGGUGUCCCAGCGAGAACACGAGAUCAGGAGGCUUAGGAGCAGCGUGGAGGUGCUGCACGGCGAGCUGAGAGCCGCCCGACACACGGCCGACCUCCGAGCGCAGACCCGCGGCUUGGACGAGAGUCUGAGCGCCAAUGAGGCUGAGAGGACGGGGCCUGAAAAGGUCCCAAGUGACUUUCCGAAUCUUGAGGUGCCGGUGAAGCGCGAACCCCUUGAAGAGGAGAGUAUAGCAAUCGGAUGCAGUCGACCCGGACAGCCAGUAGAAGAGCUGAACCCGUACGAGCAAAAUGGCGCUCAGUGGAGACGGCGGCAAAACCAGUCCAUCAGUUCCCAUGUGGCAGCUUCUGAGUCUCUUGUGGAUACCCGGCUGAGCGGUGCAUCGUGCAGCAGCCCAUUUGGCCGUGGGCCGCACCGCAACCUGUACAACACCAUGCGCAGGAGGAUGGUCAAUCGCUUGAUGUUCAAGAGAGGCUUUGCGUGUCCGUUCUGCGGCAAAUGUUUUGAGCACUCUGGAAACCUGGAGAGGCACAAAAGGAUUCACACAGGAGAGAAACCGUAUCGCUGCGAGAUUUGCGGGAGACGCUUCAAUCAGAAGUGCAGCCUCAAGGAGCACAUGAAGAUUCAUCAGAGAUGUUUGCAGUCCGCACCAGCUGACAUCCACACGGCCGCAGAGACACAAAACCCAGCGCAGAAUCACAGCGCCGACAACCAGCGGCCAGCAGAGGGAAACAUCACAGCCACGGCCGAGCUUGUUUCAGCGACUACGUCAGAAUCUUCCCAGACAUCAGCUCACGUCAAGUCUGAGCCGGUGGAGGAGAGUGUAACACUGCCAAAAAAGGAAGAAGCCGAGAGUGUCAGCUUCUCGUUGGACAGCGACGGCCAGCAUAGGUCGCCCAGAUCACAUGGACCAACCAACGGUACUGAACAAGCUGAGAGACCAGCACAGGAUGUCAUUUCCUUUCCAGGCACUGCUCAGUUGGUCCCGCCACACUUGGAGGCCUCCUGCAGCGCCUUCUCCUUCACGGGGAAACCUUUCGGAGAACUCAACAACCACAUGGUGUCGCAGCCACCUUACGCGACGCCGAAAGCCCGCCUUGUGACCGGUGACGCUGGUGGUGAGCCGUUGAACCAGCCACACAACGGCACAAGCUCGUUUUACCAGGUGUCCAGACCAAAGAAGUGCUUCAUCUGCUCGUACUGCGGGAAGAUGUUUGUGCGCGCCGGACACCUGGAGCGCCAUUUACGCAUCCACACGGGCGAGAAGCCGUACGGCUGCCACAUCUGUGGGCGCUGCUUCAACCAGAAGUCCAGCCUCAAGUGUCACAUGAAGACCCACAGAAACGACAAGAGCACAGAACAGCAGGGUGCAAAUCCCGUAAUGAUGCCCGACAGUCGACUGCAGGAGAAGGUGCCAGAAGCCAAGACAGGACCAGUGGCUUUGGGUGACCAGCUAACAGGAUACAGUGAGACAGGGAGGAGUGAUGCUUUUAAUUUAAACCACCGCAACUACCCGCUGGGUCCCGUUGCCGGAACUGCAAGCGAGUGGCGGUCCAUUAAAGAGCUGCCUUUCCUGGACGGUAAAGUGAAAAUGGAUAUGCUGCCUAUGGAUCCCCUCUCACAGAUAGGGAUACAAGCUCAACGCUCUGAUUUGAUCCUCAGUCCCGAUUGCGACUUUGACCACGAGACGAGCUCGGAGAGAAAUGCAACUUUAUUGGAGUUCAGUCUGCCGUCCUUUGAUGACCAGGAGGAGAAUGGCAGCGGUGCCGCCAGUGCUCAGAACUGCUACAUUUGCUCUGCAUGUGGGCAAAGUUUUGACACUUUCACUUUGUUUGAAAGGCACCAGUGCAAGCCCACUUGAGAGGAAAUGUUGAGCUGCGACGUAUGCGGACAGAUCUUCAACCACUCCAACAAACUAAAAGUGCACAUGAAAGUUCACGAGUAGCUUCACUGCCAUCAGCCACGAGGGCUUCCAUCUCCAGCUCAUUCCUCCACCUCUCUCUGUGUUCUUCCACCUGCAGAUCACGAUGUCAUCUGUGAGCAUCAUUGUCCAUGGAGCCUCCUCUCUGACAGUGGAGGUGUGCCAAAAAGUGGCAAGCUAGAGACUUGAGACAAUGCAAAGACGUAGCGGUGUACCAAAUUGUAUUGCUUUGUAUCAGCCCAGCUACCGCAAUCAUUUUGGAUCAGUGUUCUUUUAAAAACAAACAGGGUUCCUGUGCUUAUGUAUUAUUCAGCAUUGAAGACUAAAACACUUCAGCACUGCAAUAAAACGAAAAAAUGAUUGACACGAUUGAAAUGCCAGCUUACUCGUAAAAGUAAUUGGCUCCCAAUUAACCCCACCCAUCUUUUCAUGCUGGCUUUUUUUUUUAUACCUCAAAUGUGCCAUUUAAUGGCUGGAGUGUUGCAUCCCUGCAACUUCAUUUUUUUCACAAGAUUGUGUCUAAUCAACCCAACAACACUUUUUUCAUUUUUUGUUGUCAUUAAUAUUAUUAUUAUUGUAUGCUUACAGAACAAGAGAAGUUUGUCCAAGCUUACUCUUGACAAGGAAUGUUCUGGAGGGGCCAAGAAGUUGUAUGUUGUGUAUAAUGACGUUAAUUGUGCUCAUCAGGAAGGUUGAUUGUCAUGUGGUGUUUCAGGUUUGGUACCUAAUGAGCGAAUGUAUUAAUAAAAUGUGUCCCAGUACCUUUUCUAUCUUGAAGCAAACAAAGUAAUUCAAUGUUUGUUUUAGGAGAUAGGGAUUGUACUUUUAUGGAUACAGUAUUCAAUAAUGUUGUGGAAAGUUCCUAAUCUUGGUUUAAAGACACAGUGAAUUGUUAAUUUGUCUUUUAUUAUGAAAGGUCCACAUCAAAUCUUAAGAUUUAAGUUUUUUGUUGUGUAUUUUCACAUUAUUUCAAGAACGAGCCUGCUUUGUGUACUGGAGACCCGAUCCAGUGCUGUUUCACUUGGAUUUAACUUUGAAAUUGGUUGCUUUUGUUACAAGUGCAGCUACUUUAAAUUGUUGUUACUGUAACAGACUGUCCUAUUUGUGCUUCCAUACAAAAUGACUGCCGUUUCACACCAGAGCCAGAACAUGGAGCACUGGUUGAUUUUUAUCAAAUCUACAUAUUGUUUAUUAUUGCUUGCAUUGUCAUUGGUCAGUCUUCUCAAAGGCUCAUUGUUUGUUCUUUUUAGUGUGGGCAGAUGAGAAGUUCUUUGUCUUGGGUGAUGAUUAAAAGUUGAUUGCAUUUGAUAA